AUGUACAGCGACGGCCAGUCCGAGAGCAUUCUGGGCGGCCUGGGCCUCGGGCUGGGCGGCGGCGACUGCAGAGUGAAAAUCGCCACCAAGGCCAAUCCCUGGGAAGGGAAAUCGCUGAAGCCUGACAGUCUCCGGACCCAGCUGGAGACAUCACUGAAGUGGCUGCAGUGCUCCAGGGUGGACCUCUUCUACCUGCAUGCCCCUGACCACGACACCCCCGUGGAAGAGACGCUGCGUGCCUGCCACCAGCUACACCAGGAGGGCAAGUUUGUGGAGCUUGGCCUCUCCAACUAUGCUGCCUGGGAGGUGGCCGAGAUCUGUACCCUCUGCAAGAGCAGCGGCUGGAUCCUGCCCACCGUGUACCAGGGCAUGUACAACGCCACCACUCGGCAGGUGGAAACGGAGCUCCUCCCCUGCCUCAGGCACUUUGGAUUGAGGUUCUACGCCUACAACCCUCUGGCUGGGGGCCUGCUGACUGGCAAGUACAAGUACGAGGACAAGGACGGGAAACAACCCACAGGCCGCUUCUUCGGGAAUACCUGGGCUGAGACCUACAGGAAUCGCUUCUGGAAGGAGCACCACUUUGAGGCCAUUGCCCUGGUGGAGAAGGCCCUGCAGGCCGUGUACAGCCGCAGCGUCCCCAGCAUGACCUCGGCCGCCCUCCGGUGGAUGUACCACCACUCCGGGCUCCAGGGUGCCCACGGGGAUGCAGUCAUCCUGGGCAUGUCCAGCCUGGAGCAGCUGGCACAGAACUUGGCGGCAACUGAGGAAGGGCCCCUGGAGCCCGCCGUCGUGCAGGCCUUUGAGCGAGCCUGGCAUCUGGUUGCCCACGAAUGUCCUAACUACUUCCGCUAG